AUCAAUUACGAUCAUCAUCAUCCUCAGCAUCAUCAUCAUCAUCAUCAUCAUCAUCAUCACGGCGACGAAUGAAUCAACGUUAUUUGAUAGAAAAAUUUCUUAAACAAAAUUGUCAUUUAUUUCUAUUUGUUACCAAUGUAAUGCAAGCAUAUUCAAAAUUAUUUUUUCUAUUUCUUCUCUGUGGUUUGUCUACAAAUAUCUACAUUUUGGCAUCAUUACAACGUUUAAAACAACAAUAUAUUAUUAUCAACAAUGAUGAUCAUGAUGUGAAUGAAAUUUAUUUUCCAAUAUUAUUUUUCAUCAUUUGUUGUUCAAUGCAAACUACUGGCAUGUUUGUCAUACAUUAUAUUUGUACACAAUAUUCAAAACACAUUCAUAUGAAUGGUACAAAAAGUUUAAUGUAUUUGAAUACUAUCACCACCAAUGAUAAUUUGAUUGAUGAUUGUAAUCGAAAUUUAAAUCUACAUUUUCAUUGGAAAUUAUGUUUACAUAUUGAAAAAUUUCAUACAAAACAAUAUGGUUUCACUUAUGGACGUUUCGGUAUUAUCAGUAUGGCCGGUUUUGUUCGGUUUCUAAUGAUUUAUUGUAAAAUGGCCAUGGUUACAUAUAAAAUGAUUAAUUUCUAAAGAAUCAAGAAAGCUUCGUUUAUCUUUUUUUCCGGAAAUACAGAAUUAUUUCUGUCACACACACACAUUUGAAUCUCUAUCAACAUCAAGAUCAUCAUAUUGACGAUAAUGGUAAUCGAUUUUGAU